AUGUCUUCUUCUAUCCCCUCAACUCAGCAAGCUGUAGUCCUCCCUGCGAAACGCAAACCCUUCACAUCCCAAACCGUCCCAGUUCAUCUUCCAUCACCAGGAGAAGUCCUCGUCCGUGUCGCCUGGACUUCUUCAACGCCCCUCGAUCUUCACCGUGCUGAUGGCGGUCUUCUCAUCCCAGAGUACCCAUCUCAAAUGGGAAGCGGUGGCGCUGCUGGAAAAGUCGUCGCUGUUGGAGAUGGUGGUGAUCUCAAGGGCUUGAGUAUCGGCGAUCGGGUCGUAGCUUUUGCUUUUCAUGGUGGAAAGGAGGCGAACCACCAGGAGUACAUCACUAUUCCUGCGUAUCUCGCCUCAAAAAUACCAGACAACAUCUCAUAUCAAGACGCUGUGACAGUCUCGGUAAAUUUAGUCACCGUAUUCCACACUCUUACUGCAGAUUUGGAAUUGGAGCUUCCUUGGCCUGUGCCUGAGAACUACACUCCUGAGCAAGCCGAUAGCCCGAUUCUCAUCUGGGGUGCUUCCAGCAGCGUGGGCAUGUAUGCUCUCCAGGUCUUCAAACACUGGGGCUUUAAGAAUCUCCUCGCUGUUGCUAGCCAAAAGCAGCACGAUUAUCUUCGAAGCAUCGGCGCGACUCGGACUUUUGACUAUCGCAGGGACGAUGUUGUCGAUCAGAUCCUCAAGUCCAUCGAGAACAAGCCAGGGCCUAAGCUGCCCUAUAUCAUUGACUGUAUCGGUUCACUCGAGGGCACCCUGAGGCCCUUGACAAGGAUUGCUCAACCCGAAAGCAUUGUGGCAGUUAUGCUUCCUGUUAUCCUCAAAGAUGCCACUGUGGAUGAGGAGCCAGAAUACGAGAUGGAUGUCGGCAAGGUCUUAAUUGGAGAAUGGGCUGAUGGCGUUGAAGUUCGAGGUGUUCGUACUCAUUUUUAUCUUUCUAACGAGUACUUCAAGCAAAAUCUGCAACCAGAGAUCGUACCCAAACUCCUCAAGGACGGCGUCAUUACACCUAACAGAUAUCGUGUUGUGGAAGGAUCGUCAGCUGUUGAGAGGGCCCAAAAAGCAGUUGAUAUCUUGAGAAACAGAGAGGUCAGUGGUGAAAGGCUCAUCUGGAGAAUCACCGAGGAAUAUGUAUAA